ACUAAUAUUAUGUCCGAGUUUUAAGCUUUUUUGCUUUCUGUUACCAUGUGCGGCUUUGUUAAGCAUGCUAGGCGUUUAUAUAGGUGGUCUAUUUUCUCAUUAUAAUCUGCUUGCUUACUCCAAGCUAAACGCUAUAAUAAACGAAAAUCCUCUUUAACUAAUUGUAAAUGUAAACACAUAGUAAAACAUAAAAAUAUUUAAAGCAGUAAUUAAAAAAUAUAUACCUAAAUAAGCCGCGCUCCUCAGCUGCGCUAAUAGGUAUGCCAAAGAAAAAAAUAACCGCGUUCCUAAGCAACAGUUUUGUCAUUAUAACAAAAUGUCUACUGAUGAAGAGAAGCAAAGAAUAGCAAAGCUUUUACAAAAUAUUGAUAUACAAGAAACUAAAUUGUCAGAGCGGUGUUCGAACUUCAUGAAGGAACUCCGCCAGAAAUUUAUUAAAGAAAUCGAAGGAGAAACUAACGAGGAGGUGACGAGUGAUUACGUUAACCCAUAUAUUGUAGAUGCUCAACUGCUGGAAGAAACAGAAAACAAACUACGGCAACUAAAAUUGGGGAGAAAGGCUAAAAAACAGUUUAGUCGAUGCACUGAAAUAAUAUCACCAGAUCCUAAUAAACCUUGGAGAACACAUUCCAAUAAAGAAAAAUUACUUUGCAUCGAUAAUGAAUUGAAAAGACACAUUCAAAAAGCAGGUGAUAUGACAGAACCGCUCUCUAAAGAAGUUAUGGAAAAUUUGGUCAAAGAAUGUCGGGAACAAAACAAUGACCAACCAGUAAUAACUACUCGUUUGAGGGAAACUGUUGAUGAAGCCAAAAAGAAUUUACCAAACUUCCAGUACAAAAAAAUAUGCAACACGACUGCUACAAAACUGCUGCACGAUGCUCACUCUAUUAAUACUAUUGAUGAUAGUUGAAUCAUUUUGAUACCGGCAAAAGCAAUUAUAGAUUUCGUUUUAUAGGCACCAAAAACGUAUUGGUAAUUUUUUUUUUCAUAAAUAAAUUAUUACAUGUGUUGUAAUGAC